ACAGGGCUGCCUUUAUUUUCCCAACUGACCGCUCUCCUUUUGGCUUUCUUUUGCUAAUCCAUUCAAAGACGGAGCAAGUUUACGCACACCGGGGAAAAUGCAAACCAGGUCUCGCCCUCCCUCACUCUUUCACUGUGCUGGUCGGUCUGAGCACUGCAACAUAAAGCUUUUGCACCUCCAGAAACUCCAGCUCUUCUGCCAAAAUGCCAGACUCAGUGGAAGGUGUGCCAGCAUCAUGCCAGGUCAUUAAGGAGAAUGUUGACAAAUGUGUCACAGAGAAGGGAGAGGUGCCUUGUAAAGACCUCAUAGAUGCUUUCCAGGCCUGUAUCAAAACCCUGUCUGAAGGAUCAUGAUAUAAAUCAGACAGUAUCCUCAAUUACCCAGUUUUGCAUUUGGUAUUUGGUUAAUGUAUUUUUUCCAGGCUGUGUAAAUUAUAAGGUUUUAUAUUAAAUUUUAAAAAUGCCUUUUCUUCUAGCCUAUUUGAACCUCUAGGUAUCACAAUGUUUUCCACCAAUAGAUUGUCGGCCUGUGUCUUCAACCUAGACAGGUUUGCAGAGGACACUCUUAAUGGAGUUAAGGAAAGCUUGUUAAUCUUUGCCUAAUCUGUGCAUUAGCCUAUUGGUCACUUUCAGCCUGCAAUGAGGAGGACAAGUGCAAACCAUCAGCUACAAGCAAAUCUUUUGAAAGGGUUUACAACAGAAAUAAAUCAACAUUUAUUAACAUGCAUGUACAGUUUAUUUGCACCCUUCAUUGUCCCAUAGCUUGCCUGUUUGUUUGGAUGAAGGAUCUUAAAUCUGUUCAAUUCUAUUUCUGUGCAUGAAUAUAGUCUUUCUGGCUGAAAGCAAAUCAACCAGCUUGGAACAGAUAAAUACAGACUUUGGGGAAUUAUCCACCCACAACACAAUUGAAACUCAGACCUCAGAGGCUUUAAGAUACUUUACAGAUUGCAAUUUACAUCCACUAGUAUCCAUACUUAAUUUUGCCAUCUGCCACUCUCGAGUCUCGACAUAUUGCCAUGCCUACAUUUACUCAAUGCAAUGAUGGUUUUGCGAGAAUUUGCAGGAUUUCUGCAUUCUCAUUUAUUACAACAGAUCCACACCAUAAACAAACAGACUAAGGUUAGGCAAAUUACUUGUCUGUCUUUAGCGACUGAGAUUUGAACUAACCUGUAGCCUAAAUGUCUCACGCUUUAAUUAUAAUUAAGGCAACGAAUUCAUGGGUCUACUAGCCGGAGGUUUAUUAACCGGACUCCCGUGACCGUGAAAGGCCGAGGGCGAGGCAGUUCUGCCCUGCUGCUCUCAUUCCCUCCGGCCAUAUCUCCGGCCAUAUUUACACAUGCCUGCGCCUGUAGGGAUGGAUCCCCCUGAGGGAGGUGUAGCAGACGCACAUGCAAUGGCACAUGAGCCCCAGAGUGCGGCCAGUGGAGGUGAAUGCAGAGAUAGGCGUAUUUUGAGAACCACAGCCAGGAGGAAGCGGGCGAGGGCGGGGGAGGGAGGCGAGAGGAUGGAGAGGGACCCGGAUGCUGAUGCGAGAGAGGCGAAGGAAGAGCGGAGAGAAAAUAUCGAUUUACGGCAAAGAUUCAGAAGGGGAGCGUCAUGCAGCGGGCCUUGACACUGCGUGAACUCAAAUAAUUACAAAGGACCAAAAGAGUUUGAGAGCGGCCCGCCAUAUCUGUGGAUAUUUGCGUUUUGUACCUGUGUGUGGAGCGGUGAUGGGGAGGACACUCCAGAGGAGAGCGCAGAAGAUGCUGUGAUCCGCUACUUGAGGGAGAGACGGGGAGAGUCAGGGAGGGGGGGCGCUAGGCUACGCUAAAGAUGCUUGUUUGGCAAAGAAUAAGCAGUUCAACUCCAAAUAAUGUGACAAUGUGGCGACAGGGCUUCAAAACGUAUCGUUGGUCGAUGUCCAGAAACUUGUGGAAUUGUGAAUUAUUUUGACAGGCGGUGUUGGCCAAGGCGUCGAAGCUAAAGCUAGCCUCACAGUUCUAGGUGAGCUGAGGCUAAUAUAGCAUGUUUUAAACCUAAAAUACGACGCUGUUAAACUGUUUAACUAACGCAUUUACGUUUAUGUCAUUCAAAGGGAAAUCAUUCUCGCUCCAAAUGUGAAUAAAGGCUUGUUUGGUGGCAUUGUGAUGUCAUUAGGCCUAUGUAAAUAUGUGGUAGGUAGGCAUAAGAUAAACAAGCUUCUAGACCUUAAUCAAUCUUACUCGUUUUGUUAAAUUGUUAAUAAAUUACUUGUUCGACAUUUAGAGCAGUGUUUCAGAAUGUUUAUUAGCUAAGUUUAGGCCUCAUGUAGGAACUCAGUAAUACACUCGAUCAACCAGUAUGUAAAAAGAGAAUGUCAGAGUUGUAGUGUCAAUGAAAUUAUUUGUGGUAUAGCUUAAACUUCACAGCAAUUUUCUGGCCCUCCAUGAUCAAAUUUGCAUUUGCAAUAGCUACAGUGCUGUAUCAGUCCUGGUAGUCGUCCAACAGCAUCCUUUUAAGCAUUAUGAGUAAGGAACUGUCACUAAGUCAGUCUGCUCAAUAUGUUGGGCCCUAUCGUCUUGAGAAAACACUGGGAAAGGGGCAGACAGGCCUGGUCAAGCUGGGGGUCCACUGUAUUACGGGUCAAAAAGUAGCCAUUAAAAUAGUCAACAGAGAAAAACUCUCAGAGUCGGUACUUAUGAAGGUGGAGAGAGAGAUUGCCAUUCUAAAACUGAUUGAGCAUCCGCAUGUGUUAAAGCUGCAUGAUGUCUAUGAAAAUAACAAAUAUCUGUACUUGGUAUUGGAGCAUGUGUCUGGUGGAGAGUUGUUUGACUAUCUGGUUAAAAAGGGCAGGCUGACUCCAAAAGAGGCCCGGAAGUUCUUCAGGCAGAUCAUUUCUGCUUUGGAUUUUUGCCACAGUCACUCCAUUUGUCACAGAGAUUUAAAGCCUGAAAACCUGCUCUUAGAUGAGAAAAACAAUAUCAGGAUUGCAGACUUUGGCAUGGCGUCCCUACAGGUGGGAGACAGUCUGCUAGAAACCAGUUGUGGAUCACCUCAUUAUGCCUGCCCUGAAGUUAUACGGGGUGAAAAAUACGAUGGUCGAAGAGCAGAUGUGUGGAGCUGCGGAGUUAUCCUUUUUGCUCUUCUAGUGGGCGCUUUGCCGUUUGACCAUGACAAUUUACGUCAACUGCUGGAGAAAGUGAAGAGUGGGGUGUUCCAUAUGCCACACUUUAUUCCACCAGACUGUCAGUCUCUGCUCAAGGGCAUGAUCGAGGUCAACCCGGAAAAAAGGCUCACGCUUGAAUGCAUUCAAAAGCACCCUUGGUAUCAGGGUAGCCGUAGUGAGCCAUGUCCUGAGCAGCCCCCUCCCAGACGAGUGUGUGUAAGACGAAUCCUGUCCCUGACUGAGCUGGACCCAGAUGUGUUGGACAGUAUGCACUCACUGGGAUGCUUCAGGGAUAGAGUCAAGCUCACCCGGGACCUGCAAUGUGAAGAAGAAAACCAGGAGAAACUUAUUUACUACCUACUGCUGGACAGAAAGGAGCGCUACCCUAGUUAUGAGGAUGAGGAUUUGCCCCCACGCAAUGACAUAGCAGAUCCCCCACGGAAGCGUGUUGACUCUCCGAUGUUGACACGCCAUGGGCGCUGUCGCCCUGAAAGGAAAAGUCUGGAGGUCCUGAGUGUGACUGAACAGGGGUCUCCCACCCCUCCUCGCAGGGCUUUAGAUACAGCUGCUCACAGCCAGAGGUCUCGUUCAGUCAGUGGAGCAUCGACUGGUCUCUCCUCAAGUCCUCUGAGCAGCCCUCGGGUGACGCCUCAGGGCUCGCCACUACCCACACCGCUGGGCACCCCUGUCCAUCACCCUCACCACCCUUCCUCCACCCCGCCCUCCUCUUCCUCGUCCUCAUCCUCUUCGCGGGCCGACGGAGGGGGAGGCGUGGGUUCACUGUCACUCACCCCUCCCUCCAGUCCUGGGGGAGGGAGCGGCAUGGCGGCGAGUAGCUCAGCCCACUGGAGAACCCGCCUUAACUCCUUUAAGAACAACCUGCUCGGGUCUCCACGCUUUCAUCGCCGCAAAUUGCAAGUUCCAACAUCGGAGGACAUGUCCAGUUUAACGCCAGAAUCAAGCCCAGAACUGGCUAAGAAGUCCUGGUUUGGGAAUUUCAUUGGCUUGGAAAAAGAGGAGCAGAUCUUUGUGGUGAUCCGAGAUAAACCCUUGAGCUCUGUCAAAGCCGACAUAGUCCAUGCCUUUCUGUCUAUCCCGUCCCUCAGCCACAGCGUCCUCUCACAGACCAGCUUCAGAGCCGAGUACAAGUCCUCCGCCGGCCCCUCCGUCUUCCAGAAGCCCGUCAAGUUCCAGGUGGACAUCGCGUUCUCCGAGAGCGAGAGAGAACGCGGGGACAGGGAGAGCAGGAGGGAGACGGGGAUCUACAGCGUGACAUUCACCCUCAUAUCAGGUCCGAGUCGCAGGUUCAGACGAGUGGUGGAAACGAUUCAAGCUCAACUUCUCAGCUCCCAUGAUCAACCAUUGAUGCAAGCCCUAUGUGAUGAGAAGAACGGCCGGCCCCAUGGGACCCCCACCCGCCAAAAUUCCAGGCGCUCCGAGGGUGGGGGCGACCGGUGUGACUGGGGAGACCGUGCAGAUGGCAGUGGAAUCGGAGGCAGUGGAGGAGUCCUACAGCGGAGAGGCUCAGCCAAAGAGAGGACCCGACUGCUAUCCUCAAAUGGAACCCAGUCCCAGCCCUAAGGAAUUGGACCAACGGAUGUCUGGACCUCGGUAGAAAGAAGACCUAUAACCUCUACUUUGUGUCCCUUCCACUCAUCAGUAACUCCUAUCCUUCCUUAAAUAAGCUAUAGAAAGUGCUUGUCUAUAGCAAGGACGGAGCCAUUUUCACAGUGCGCUUUUUUCCAAUUCUUGGAAUCACCAAAAUUCCAGAAACAGUGUAGUCAUCACUGUAUUCAGUAAUUACUCUCAAAUAAACAGUUUAAUAACAUAAAGUCAGCUUCAUAGAUCACCUAGCAAUUCUGAAGUGCAAAUGUGCAUGCCAGUUAACAAACCAGCCUGCUAAUAGUCACACUUCUAAAGUAUUUGAUGCCAAAAAGAAUUAAGAGUUCAACAAAUUUACAUCAAAAGAACAAUUACCCUGCUGCAAUCAGAAACAAUAAGCGGACCAUGUGGAGAUAAUCCAUGAGUGGUCCUAGGUGUAGGAAUAGACCUUUUCCAAUAGUUCUCUCUUGUCAAAGUAACCUCUGUGAAUGUUUAUUUAUUUAUUCAUUUUUUUGUAUUUAUUUAUUUAUCAUGAUGAAGAUGUCUACAACAAAAUCUCCAGCGUUGUAAAAAGGGACUUUUGUUUUUGAUUUCAUCAAAAACAACUUGAAGCAAUGCUUCCAUUUUAAAGUGGACCCUUCUUAUUCUGAAGAUUAAAUAUUUUUUAUUUGAACAAGUAUAUUGACAGUUAUGACAUGGAAGAUUACACUAUUUGUGAAUAGUGGUUUGUGACCAGAAAGAUGAAGGAAAAAUCUUUCUCAUCAUACUUUACUGCUAAAAGAGAAGAAAAGGAAUCACAUACAAAACCUUUCUCCCAACAUCCAUCUGACGAAAUGUUCAGUCUCAGACUAAGACUUGCAUUGUUCCUUGUGUAUGAGACUCUCCAAGGAUUGAAUCUCCUAAGUCCUCCUCAUCACCUACAAGCCAAGUAGCCCCCCCAUCACAGACAGCCCACUCAUCUCGCUCCAGAGCCGCAUUGUACUUAAAGUUAAAACAACCUGAACCUGUUUUCAUGCCAUUGUCUGUCUGACUUGUUCAUCACCAGUCUUCCAUGCAGCACAAUUAUGCAAGAAGAGUACCCAAGGAUUACAGAGAGAUGCACAGUGCUACAGCUCACUUUCGUGUUUAGUUUUCAUUCAUAUAUUAUUUCAAGUUACUCCCUGAAGCCACCAUAAUUGUACUGUUUGUCAUUUGACAUAUCUAAAACACCAUUCCCUUCGUCAUUUGACAUAUCUAAAAACACAAUUCCCUUCGUCAUUUGACAUCUCUAAAAACACAAUUCCCUUCGUCAUUUGACAUCUCUAAAAACACAAUUCCUUUUGUCAUUUGACAUACCUAAAAACACCAUUCCCUUAUAACCUUUGGAAAAUGUGUCUCUUUAGAUCAUCAUAUUGGUGUUUUCUGUUAAGUUCUUAUAUUGGAAUUUUAUCUUUUGACAUGGGGUUGAAGACUUGGAGAAUACGGAUUAAUUGUGACAUUUUUCACAGCAACAAAAGACCCAAAAUAUAAGGCAGUUUGUAUGCUUAAUUUCAUUCCCCAUUCUCAUCCUCACUAUUUCUGUAUCCAUUUUGAGUACAGGAGAACAUUUUUGGACUUUUGUCGCACUUAUUACCACUUUAUAAUUAAUCUAUUCACAGUCAUUAGUUUCACAAUUUCACUUUCAUUAACCCAACUCUGGCUAAGAUUGUAAACUAUUCUCCAUUCAUAAGGGUCAGUAGAAUAAGGUGUUUAAAAAGAAAUGUCUGUAAUAUAUAUAAAUAUAUAUAAUUUAAAUAUAAAAAGUGCACUAUAACUAUUGCCUGUGAUAAAAAUUAAAAUUAUGAUUGAAUUGAUGAUGAAAUAAAGAGAGAACCACCUUAUGAA